UUUUAUGGUCCAGGGACACAUGCUUGUGAAAAUGGUCUAGAUGUGUUUUUAGCAAUUAUAUACUUUACUUAAUUCCAAGUUUACAGGUUAAAGGCCUCUUUACAGAUCAACCUUCCCAAAGUAAAGCAUUUCCUACUCAUUAUGCUUCAUUAAGAAAAGCAAUGUUCUAGCAUGGGUUCCUCAAAGCAAUCUGUUAUUUACACAGGCAUUCCUGAUAAGAUUACCGCUGAGUAUGAAAGGUUAACCCGCCCCUUACAGCCCCCUCAGAGCUGCUGUACUGCAUACAGGGAAUUAUAAAGAGCUUGCUUGUGACCUGCCUCUCUUGGGCACAGUUACUGAAGGCAGCAGGUUACUUAAUCAGUGUCUCAGCACUAUUUGAUUUGAUUGUUUCUGCCUCCAUGGACUGAUAACAACAUUUUUAGAAAAAACACUCCUGGAGAGAAGCUAUCUCAUUCCUAUAUUGCUCCUAUUGUUUUCUCUGUCCUGCUCUGUCUUCAUCCUUUUCUCUUAUUUUGUUGUACUCAACGGGUGAAUGGAUAAAGCUGGGAUGCCUGAAGCUUGUGGGCCCCUGGCAAGCCAUGAACAAAUCACCGAGGCAACAGCACCUAGUUCUAAACUCUUCCGCUGUAGCUGUGUACAUCGCUGGGUUCCCCUGGCCUACAGAGAGGAGUUAUACCAUGUCCUGCGCUUAUCCGGGCCCCUGCUCAUCUCCAGGAUCCUAAACUUCCUAUUGCCAUUCGUCAUCACAAUAUUCUGUGGUCACUUAGGAAAUGCUGAACUGGCUGGAUACGCCCUGGCCUCUGCGACAGUUAAUGUGACCACAACAGCUACAGGAUGCGGCUUGGCCCUCACAUGUGACACGCUUGUCUCUCAGACAUUUGGUAGUAAGAACCUGAAGCGCGUGGGGGAGAUUCUCCAGCGAAGCAUUCUCAUCCUCUUACUCUUCUGCCUGCCAUGCUGGGCCAUUCUAAUCAACGCUGAGUCAAUACUACUCACCCUGAAGCAAGACCCAGAGGUGGCCAGGAUUGCACAGCUGUAUGUUAUGGCUUUCCUUCCUGCUGUUCCUGCCAUGUUUCUGCACCAGUUGCAGGUGUCUUAUCUGCAAAACCAGGGCAUCAUCCUGCCACAGAUGUACACAGCAGUUGCUGCCAACAUUUUAAAUGUAGCAACAAACUACAUCCUCCUUCACUCAAUGAAACUGGGAGUCAUGGGCUCUGCUGCAGCCAACAGUAUCUCACAAAUCUCCAUCUGCCUCUUGCUGUUUGCUUACAUACGCUGGAAAAAGCUACAUGUGAACACAUGGAGUGGUUGGUCUACUGCAGCACUGCAAGAGUGGGGCUCUUACAUGAAACUGGCUAUUCCCAGCACUCUCAUGCUCUGUUUUGAGUGGUGGGUCUAUGAGAUUGGAGGUUUCCUUGCAGGAAUGCUGGGGGAGGUUGAUCUUGCUGCACAACAUGUGUUUUUGGAGUUGGGGUCCAUUACUUACAUGUUUCCAUUAGGUGUGCACGCAGCUGCUUGUGUUCGUGUGGGAAAUGCACUGGGAGCUGGAGACACAAACAGGGCCCUGAUCACUAGUAAAGUGACUCUCAUGAUCACAGGAGUCUUAGCUGUUUUACAGGGAAUCGUGUUGGGUUCCUUAAAGUCAAAAGUGGGAUAUAUCUUCACUUCUGAUGAGAGCAUAGUGAAAAUUGUCUCGGAAAUUCUCACCCUGUACAUUUUCAUGCAGUUUUUUGAUGCUCUCGUGUGUGUGUGUUCAGGGAUUCUUCUGGGAGCUGGGAAGCAGAAAAUAGCAGCACUGUCCAACUUGAUCUGUUACUACUGCAUUGGAUUACCAGUAGGAAUAUCACUGAUGUUUCUGGCUAAACUCAGGAUACUUGGUCUAUGGCUUGGAAUCUUACUUUGUGUCAUAAUUCAGGCCUGUUUCUUCACCACUCUGAUCUUCAAGCUCAACUGGAGGAAAGUAACAGAGCAGGCUCAGAAACGUACAGGCAAACAUGCAAAGGUAGUGUGUGUUCAAAAGGCACCAUCAAUAGGACUGUCAGUCCUUGAUACGCUGGUUUCUGAAGGGCAGGACAACGAAGAGCAAACACCAGAUACUGGAGCUUCAGCAAGUAUCCCUGAACCUUGGGAUGACAUAACUGGAAACAAAGCCCAGCUAACAAGUAAUAGACCUGAAGUGGUCGGCUAUGUCCAAGUGAGCACCCAAGAACAGAAUAAACUAGCGAUGGCAAGUGAAUUUGGAGAAACCCAUCCUAAAGCCUUGCUCUCUAUUAACCAGCUUGUGCUCAGAAGGGGACUUACGCUGUUGGGUACUGUCCUGAUCCUGAUAGCUGGAGUUGCUAUACACAUAGCUUGUCCUAUUCUGGAGCCCUUAAGUUCUCAUCAAAGCAAUCUAACAAUGGAUUCAAGAAAUAUUUCCACUUCUAACAUCUUCCUUAACACCACGUUGAGCUAACUCUAACUUGAUCCAUCAUAACAAGGUUUCAUUUCAAUAAAUUUGGCACCACCAACAGCCAAAGGCUUACGAAAGAGCAUUUGUACAUCUCUAUGUACAUUAUACAUUAACUAUGGACUACUACAAAUUUUGGACAGACACCAAACCCAGCUGCGUAGGACAAAAUACAGCUGAAUGAGAAUACUGAAAACUGGAUAUUAGCACAUAUUAGUCACAUGCUCUCAAGGAUUCAUAGUGAGCUCAUUUUAGAUCGAAAAACAUAUAUAAAUUGAUGUUCUAAAAAAUAUAAAUGUACACCCAAAUGUGUUUUUCUAAUGUUGUUUUGUCAUUUAUAAUGCACUUAUAAAAACAACAACUCAGAGACCAACAAAUCUGAGUGUCAUGCACAGUGUUGGGUAUAACGCAUUACUGUAAUCAAAUUUUAUUUUAAGGUGUUGUAUUACACACUAAUUACCUAAUUAGGUGAUUAUCAGUAUGCUUAGCAUUGUACUUACAUAAAAUAAAAUGUACUUAUCAUUUAGCUAAGUUAUGGAACAGCAUGUAACUACAGUUUGUAAUUAUUUAGAUGUAACAGGCAGCUACUGUUACACAUAUGUAACAGAUCGAAUCUGUUACACAGCUACUUACCCUAAAGUACAAUCUUGAUACACUUUAAGUAGCUUAUGCCUGUCUAAUUUGAAUGUAAUUAGAAAGGUAUUGCAUGUAUUUAGGCUGUGUACUAAUGGGUUAAAUCAAAGUAAGGUGCGGCUAGAUGAGGUAUAUACACAUAGAUAAACAUGCAGUACACUUAAGAUUAAAAAAAAAAAAAAAAAAAAAAAUCAAUAUUCAAUCUUAAAUCUAAUUUUAUAGUCUAAAGAUAAAAAUUGAAUGCAGUUGUGUGCCGGCACAUUCCCAUUUAAUUUUUCUAAUUCACAGAGAAACCAUAAGACUAAAAUCAAUAAAUUCUAGAAAUAUGUCUAUAGACAUGAGAAAUA